AUGGAGAAAUCUAAUAGGAGAAACACUUACCAAUACAAACUCAGAGAGUCUAAGCUUGAUGAUUUGAAGAAGCUUGGAGGUAUUUUGAUUGAUGAUCACAAGGAUUCCUUCAAGAAGACUUAUGGGAACUUGUUGGGUAUUCUGUUGACCAAGGAAGACACCAGGUUGAUUCUCACUUUUGCUCAGUGCUUUAAUCCCACUAUGCACUGCUUUACUUUUCAAGAUUUCCUUUUGGCUCCCACCCUGGAGGAGUUUGUCCAUAUGUUUUGUAUUCUCGUCAAAAACCAAGUUCCUUAUAUGAGCAUAAAUGGUUUUCCAAAGUCUAAAGUGAUUGCACAAGCCCUUCAUCUCAAGAGGGAACUAGUUGACUCCAACAUUCGUGCCAAAGGUAACACCAGAGGGUUCCUUUCAAAGUUCUUCAUUGAAAAGGCCACCCUAUUUGCUGAUAGUGGAAGAUGGGAUGCUUUCUAUGCCAACUACGCUCUUCUCAUCUAUGGUUAUGUACUUUUCUUGAACAUUGAAGGUUUCAUUGAUAAAGUUGCUAUUAACAUCUUUCUAUCCAGGAAUCCGGCUCCCACUCUUAUAACUGAUGUUUAUUUCUCUUUCCAUUGGAGAAACAAGAAGAAGAGUGGAAUAAUUAAUUAUUGUGUUCCUUUACUUUACAAGUGGUUCUUGACUCACUUGCCAAGGAAAUAA